GAGUUGAAAUUUGACAGUUAUUUACAGAUAAGGUCAGUUAACAAGUGUCUGUUGUGAAAAUGAAACUCUCAGUGUACAACUCCAUUAUAGAAAUUAUGCACACACACAACUCGAGGGAUUGCUUACCGCUGAUCGUGAAACAAUACCCGGAAUUUUCCUUAUCUACGAUUGGAAGUAUAUACGCUCAAGAUUUUCAAAAGAAAAUGAGAAAAACACAUCAUAUUCAUUAUAAUCCAGCAAGAAUGGAACUAUACUAUGAACACUAUCUGAGAGGGAUAAACAACAAAGAACGACACGUAUUAUUAAAGUUAGCUGAUGAGGUGGAGUUGUCACCUGCUUUGUUAGCAAGAAUGGUACUCGAACGGCAUUUGUCGGCAACAAAGUAUGAAGGAGAUGCCCCACCAAAGAGUUAUGUUACUAAAUUAAUGAAAGACACUUCUCUCAUAAACGACCCAUUACUGGCAUCAGAAAUCCAUGAGUGUCUUGUCUGUGAUGAUCACUAUGGACCACAUGUUGACAAUAUUAAACAAUUCAUUGGGAAUGAGCAUGAGUAUAAACUUAAUAGAAUUUUAGAUUCAUUGAAUUUAGCGUACAUUGGUGAGGAUCAAAUGAGAACAAGGGGUUUUGAUAAGACUCCUGAUGUUAAAUUAGAAGUCCCUUUCAGUGUAGAUGGUCAUGUUAUCAACUGGAUAGAGAGUAAAGCCUCUUUUGGUGAUGAAUACAGUCAUAAGGGUUAUCUAAAGGAUCAGUUCUGGAGUUACUGGAAUAGGUUUGGCCCAGGAAUGGUCAUCUAUUGGUUUGGAUUCAUUGAAGAACUUGACACAGACAGAGAGAAAGGAAUAAUUUUGAGUGAUAAAUUCCCAGAUAAUAUUGUCAGAAUGAAUCCCAUAAUGAAAUAAUCAUAGUGUGAACGAAAAAAUGAAUGAGUUUUCCUUAUAUGAGGUUCAUUAUUUUCAAAGACAUCAUGUCAUUGUUUUUUUUUUUCUGAAAAUGAUUGUGAUAUAUGUGAAUGUAUUUUACUUAUAGUUAUGUUAAUAACUUUGUGGUAUGGUAUGAAAUGAAAAGCAGAAAGAUUUUGUUAAAAUAAUGUUCACUCUGAAAUGUAAGCUAGCAUUUCCACAAUUUAAAUAUGUUUAAGUGGGAUUCAUUGCAAUUUUUUUUUUACAGUUAAUGUGAAAUGAAGAAGUAUUUUUUUUUGACCACUUUAAUUUUUCAAGUUUUAUUGUACUCUAUAUUUAAGUGGGGAUAAUAAACUUUUACA